CACAAUUGACUAUUUCCGCAAAUCCCAUAGUCAUUAGGUUAGACAACCCGAGGGACGGACAAUUUUAUAGCGUUUGAGUUUCUCUUGUUUGUUGUCACCUCAACCUCAGACAACACAGGAGAAAACAAAACAAACUCCUUCUUAAACAGCCAGUAACAACAAAUGAUCAGAGACAGAGAUACAUAGCUGAUAUACAUAUAUAUACAAUUCUUGAUCAUUUGUACAAAUUCUCUCUGUCUCUGUUAACAAUUGUGAGUGAAAAAAAAAAAUGUCAAAAGAAAUAGAAAUGGGUGAUCACUCAACAGAGUCAUCUCCUUUGAUCCCUCCUCCUUUGAUCAUCACUCAACCUAAUAAUAAUAAUAAUGAUGAUGAUGAUGAUGAUGAUAUAAUAGACCUUGAAGCAGGUCCUGUUGAACAAAUUCAAUGCCGUAUUUGCCUUGAAUCUGACGGUAGGGAUUUUAUAGCACCUUGCAAGUGCAAGGGAACAUCAAAGUAUGUCCAUCGUGAGUGCCUUGAUCAUUGGCGUUCUGUCAAGGAAGGAUUUGCCUUUGCCCAUUGCACUACUUGCAAAGCUCCCUAUCAUUUGAGAGUUCAUGUUCAUGCUGAUAGAAAAUGGCGAACUUUGAAGUUCCGAUUUUUUGUAACCAGAGACAUUUUGUCCAUCUUUCUUGCGGUUCAGCUUGUUAUAGCUUCAUUGGGAUACAUAGUUUACAUCAUUGAUACAUACAAGAUGUCUUGGCUUCGUUUGAUUUGGGGAUUCGAUAGUGAACUAAGCUUCUACUACAUAUGCGGGGCACUAUUGUUUUUUGCUUUGCUUGGCCUAUCUGGUUGCUUUAUAACUUGUUACGACCGAAGAGUACGCAAUGAUUUGGCUCAGCCCUGCCGUGAAGUGUGCCUUUGCUGCUGUCAUCCUGGAGUCUGUGCCGACUGUCAUUUGCCUGGUACACUCUGCAUGUGGACUGAUUGUACCACAUGCUUUGAAGGUUGUGCUAGUAUGGCAGGUGAAUGCGGAGGUUGCUUAGGAGGUGCUGGUGAAGCGGGGUUGCCAGUUUUGUUUAUAGUGGCUCUGGUCAUGCUUGGACUGUUUACUGUCAUUGGCAUAUUUUACAGUGUUUUGGUGGCUACGAUGGUCGGACAGAGAAUCUGGCAGCGGCACUACCACAUACUUGCAAAAAGAAUGCUGACAAAGGAAUACGUCGUAGAGGAUGUUGAUGGUGAGGAUACUGGAAAUGAUUGGUCCCCUCCACCUCUCCCACAAGAGCAUGUUCAGCAACUGAAAGCACUUGGACUGCUGUGAAACCUGAAGGACUUUUACAUAGUCGACAGAAACUAGGAAUGGACUGAAACUCCAUCUCAUUUGGAGGCCUCCGUUAUGGUCCUCAAGUUUUUAUGCAUCUAGAUAACGUCAGAAUUUUUCUCAUUGUUUGAUGGAAAAUCUCAUGAGUUCAGUGUUGUCAAUUUUGUUCAUAGUUUAUGAACAAUCGCAUGUAAUUGUCAAGAAAACUGAUCAUUCUAGUUCUGAAUGAUCUCAUAUGCAAUUGUCAAUAAAGCUGAUCAUUAAUAACCUAAA